GCACUUUGAGCCUUGAAGCGCUCGCUUCAUCAUACCGGUAUGCGACUCAGCUACUAUCUACAUCACGCUACAACAUCGACGAAUUUCCUUCACGUAGAUAAGAAUUCACAUGUGCCGGAAGUUCUCUGCACCGUAAAUCAGAAUCUAGCGAGCAAGGACUCCACUAGCACAAUUGGCAUGCCCAGCCGGGCGGGAAUCAGGGCGACGAGAUAAAUAAAUAAUACUGCCGACCAUGGCAACAUCGUCAACCUCAUCAUCACCACCGACCUCCUCAUCCUCCCUCGCCACCUCGCCAUACCCAUAUGCCUUCGCGCCAGACAUAAUCCGCGCGCACCAGAAAGAUGCUUAUUUCCAGGGUCUUCUCACAAACCAGCUCACGGACCUACACCGGCGACUCCUGGGAGCACGGUCCGCACACUCCUGGUCGACUGAAUCGCGCACGCUCGCCGACCUCAUAUACCUAUGUCUCACGACGCUCCUAGGGAACCGCACGCUAGGAGAAGAGUACUGCGGUCUAGUCCAAGUCGAAUCGUCUUCCUCUCCCCUACAUCCGGACCAGGGCCGACGUCUCCCUUCCAUCCAGCGCCGCGCCGCGUACAUCGCCGGCAGCAUCCUCCUCCCUUACGGGCUCGCCCGGCUUCUCCCCGUGAUACGCGCGCGUCUCCGGGCGCGACUCGAGCGGAAUCUAGCGCGAGCCGAAGCCCACGCACAAUCGACGAAACCGAGUAAUCUGAAAGGCGGCUCGAAACCGCCGACGCAGACGUGGAGAUACAAGGCCCAAGCAUAUCUCCUCGCGAAUCUCUCGACACUUACAUCCCCGGCGCCCGUGCACGCCCUCAGCCUGGCACUUUUCUACUUCAGCGGGUCGUACUACGAGCUCGCGAAGCGGCUUACGGGUCUCCGGUACAUCUUCACAUCUCGUGCCCAGACAGGGGACGCGAGCACGGGGGAGCCCGGGGCGGACCGCGCCGGAUACGAGGUGUUGGGUGUGCUCCUCGUCGUACAGAUGAGCGUGCAGGCAUAUCUGCACAUCCGGUCGACACUCUCCUCGUUCUCUACGUUUUCGCAACAAGCUGCAUCACGCGAACGGAGCGCCGCCGGCGGAGGGGGGAGCGUCCACGUCUCGCUAGACGAGCACGCAUACAGCGCCAACAACGCCGUUCUCCUCACAGAGAUGGGCACGCCGGGCACGAGCGGCAGCCAGACCACGCGCGUCGACAUCGCGGCCGUGACGCACACGCCGGCGCCGCCCGCGAGUCCAUCGUCGAACGGCGUGCGCUAUGACCUGACGGACGAGGACGCAAUGCGCUGGAUCAAGGGCGUGCAGCAGCGCAAAUGCACGCUAUGUCUCGAGGAACUCAAGGACCCCGCCGCGACGCAGUGCGGACACGUCUUCUGCUGGGCAUGUAUUGGCGACUGGGUCCGCGAGAAGCCCGAGUGUCCUCUGUGUCGGCGGGAGGCCAUGGUUCAGCACAUCCUGCCCUUACGAGCGUUCUAGAUCCCUAUCACGGGACACCAGCAUAUAUCAUGUACACUAAUAUGACACGUAUCCGUAUUACCCAUAAGCCAUCACGAUAAGCAUAAUCAUCCAAUGUCACAUAGCGAAGCAUAGCAGGGAAGACA